AUGUCAACACCAUACUCAAGUAUUAGAAAUAUUAUCAAAGAAGGAUGUGUAGUAAAACAAGGUCACAUUAUAUGGAACUGGUAUAAUAGAUGGUUGGUAUUAACAAAGGAACAAUUAUAUUAUUAUGAUGAGUCGAAACAAAAGUUAAGAGGGACAGUUCCUCUUGACUUUGCUUCAGUCAAAAGUUGUGAAAUAGUAGACCAUCCAUUUUCCUUUGAAGUUUAUUGUCCAGUACAAAAUAAAACAUAUUUCUUUGAGGCUUUGAGUGAGGAAGAAAGAGCCAGUUGGAUUAAAAAAAUUUCUGAAGUUGUAGAUAUCAGUGAACCUACAGAUUAUCAUCAUUUAACCCAUGUUGCAUAUGAAGAAGGUGGGUUUGUUGGCAUUCCUUAUGAAUGGGAAAAUGUCUUUUUAGCUUGUGGCAUCACUCGUGAAGAAAUUAAAUCAAAUAAAGAAGACGCUAUAAAAGUAUUAGAAUUCACACAAAUUUUUCAAGACGACGAAACGGAAGAAACUCAGAAACAACCCCUUCCAGAAAACGAUGUCCCAGUUUUAUUAAAGGAAUUAAUUACCAGUGGUGACCCAACAAUGUUGUAUAAAGAUUAUGUCCCUAUUGGAGAAGGGAUGAGCGGAGUUGUAUUUCAUUGUUAUGAAACAUCAACAAAUAAGGAAGUUGCUAUGAAAAAGGUCUUAAUAAAAAAUGAUUCAGUUAACGUCCAAGAAAUUAAAAUUAUGCAAACGUUAAAUCAAAGAAAUAUUGUUGGGUAUUUAGGAUGUUAUGAACUAGACAAUUAUCUAUAUAUCGCAAUGGAGUAUAUGGACCGAAAUAAUUUGACAGCAAUGUUGGACUUUUUCCCAGAGUUUUCAUUAAGCGAAAGACAUAUUGCUUAUGUUGUACAUGAGUCGAAUGCAGCAUUAAAAUAUCUACACUCACUUCAUAGGAUUCAUAGAGAUAUUAAGUCUGAUAAUAUUUUAUUAAACCAUAGGGGUGAAGUAAAGCUUGCUGAUUUUGGUAUUUCUGUCCAACUUACAAAGAGAAAAUCCAAACGGAACACUGUUGUUGGUACCCCUUAUUGGAUGGCACCAGAAGUGAUAAAAGGAAAAGACUAUGGGACAAAUAUUGAUAUUUGGUCAUUAGGUAUUAUGUGUAGAGAAAUGAUGGAAGGUGUUCCACCAUAUAUUGAUGAUCCACCAUUACGGGCAUUAUUCAAAAUUAGUACAAAAGGGAUUCCUCCUGUUCAGUACGGAGAUUAUACACAAACUAUCCUUGAUUUUGUUGAUAAAUGUUUAACUUUUGACCCAACCAAACGACCUGAUUGUGAAGAACUUGACAAAGAUCCAUUUAUGAGUUUAGCAUGUUCACGAGAAGAAUUUGCUGAGUUUAUUCAGAAAAUUGUUCAACAAGCCGAAAAAUAA